AUGGACUGGCAAUUCGAUGGUUUCCUGGAGUCUAGACAAGAGGAACGUCUGACGAAUGCAGCGACCAGGGCGGCGGCCGCAGGAAUUCCGGUCGAGUCGGUUGAUACAGCGACAUCCAGCUCUGUGGACGACAGUGGUGGUUUACCGCUCGAUAGCACUAGCAGACGUGAUCGUGAACCGCUGACGAUGACGAUGAGCCCGUCCGCCACAGCUCAGUUCCGAGACCCCAUGUCAACGUUCCACACCAACAAAGGUGUACCCUGGCCUGGUGUGACAACACACAUGACUAUACCCACCGAACAGGACGAUAUGCUGGUGGAUUUGUACUACAAGACCCCGAGUCUGUGGCUGACAACCAUCGCAGGUGUAAUUGGGUUCGUCAUUGGUGCAGUGCUCAACAAAUACCCUGUCAGUGAGGACGCUCAACUCUGGAUCGGAGUGCUAGGAACUCUCCUGAUUCGGGCACUGGAAUGCCUCACGCUGCCGUUAAUCUUCACAAGCGUCACAAAAUGUUUCGCUAACCUGGUGGUGUCCGAUAAAACUCGCGCCGUCAUGGUACGUUUGGCCAUUUACUUCGUCCUCGCAGCUCUGAUCGCCAGUUGCGUCGCAGUGGCCGUGGCUUUCUGCUUCUCUGGAUCGUUCGGGGUCAAAGCUGAUCCUCCAGUAGCCACCACGAACUUCCAGUUCAUUUUACGAUGUCCGAACGGCAAGUAUUUUUCUAGACAAGACGAGUGUGCGGCUCAGUCGUUUAUUGACGGUCAAGUGCUCACGGCUACCAACGUCACGGGGUUUCCAAGUGAUCUGCAGUUGUCACUUGCGUCGACUAGCGGCGUGUUCCCAGAUACUCAGAGUUUGGCGGCUCAGAUCGUGCUCUUCUUCGGGGAUUUCUUCACUGAAAACGUCACCAGCGCCUUCGUGUCUGUGCAGUUCCUGGGCGUCACCAUUUUCAGCAUGAUCAUCGGAGCGACACUCAUGGCAGUGUACGAUCCAGCCAGUGGAGAGCCGAAUCACGCGCUGGUUCUCAUCCACCAGGUCCACGUGGUGCUCGAGAUGAUCCUCAACUGGCUCGUGCCGUACAUUCCUCUCGGGACGCUGUCUAUGAUGACUUAUUCCAUCAUGACAGGCGAGAUCUCGCAGGAAGCGAUGCGCGACUCGCUCUACUUCGCAAUCACGAUGGUCGUCGCGCUGGUCGCCAAUUUCGUCUUCGUGGCGUGCGUCUUGUACGUGGUUCUAGUGCGACGCAACCCGUUGAAGUUCACGUGGUUCCUCAUGCCUGGAGUCAUCUUUAUGCUGGCCACGGGUGACUAUCUGGCCACAACCCCCGUGCUUCUUCGCAGCUUGGAGAAAUCUCGACAGGUUUCACGUACGAUGGCGCAGUUCACUAUUUGUAUGGGCGUAUCUCUGUGCCUGUGCGGAACGGCGGUCUUCUUCGUGGUAGCGCCGAUCUUCAUGGCCUACACGAGCGGCAUGGGCGACAUCGUCACUCCUGGUCGCGUCAUUGGACUCGUCGCUAUUGCAACUGCAAGUUCAAUCGGUUUACCGCUCGUACCUGGCGCCGCACUCACCUUCACGUGCACCAUUUGGCGCACACUGUUCUCUAGCCAAGUGCCCGGGUCGUUCGUGCACGUGGUUGCCAUGGAGUGGGCCACGUAUCGUCUGCGUCGAACUUACAACAUCAUUGUAGCCGCCUUCAUCGCACGUAUCAUCGCUGAACAGCUUGAUGAGACGGUGGAGGACGAAGAGGAUCGAGCGCAUCUCGACGAAAGGCUAGGGACGACACAAGGGACGAAAUAG